GUUCUUCCAGUAGGAAUGAGCCUCAAGGAUGGAAGAUUAUUUAGGAUAGGGGUGGCAAACUUUUUGGCCCGAGGGCCCCCUCCCUGCAUGGCAGCUGCUGGAGCCAGUAAGCUGGGAGCUGCAGGUGUGGGGAGAGGCUGUGACAAACAGCUGGGAGAUGCAGGGAAAGCCACUGUUUUGCUUUUGCCUCUCCCUGUGGAGCUAAAGUGGCAGCUCCAGCUGUUUGCCAUUGAUUUUCCAUGUGGAGCUAAUACCUGGGAGCUGCAGGGAGGGGUAGUUGAGGUAUAUGUGGCCUGUCAGUCUAUGCUUAUUGUAUUAGUGGGGGCUGUGCCAGAGUAUCAUAUUGACCAGGGAGAAAUUCCUGCUAGCACAGAGGAGCUUGCCAGACAUGUCCGAUUUGCAGAUAACUUCACAUCUAUAGCAACUGAGUGGUACUUAAUCAGACAUGAGGCUUAUAAAGUAAACCUGGCAUCAUCCUUGUAUUUUGCUGGAUUGCUUAUUGGAAAUAUAGUUUUUGGACCAUUGUCUGACAAAUUGGGCAGGAAACCAGUGUACAUGUCAGGUCUGUUCUUUGAUGUCAUUUUUGGAUAUGUCACAGCAUUCGCUCCAAGUUAUGACAUUUUUGCAAUGUCACGCUUCAUUGUUGGGAUUAUGAAUGGUGGAAUGUCUCUAGUGUCUUUUGUCUUGACACAAGAAUAUGUAGGAAAGUCUUACUGGGCAUUAACAGGCUCGUUAACAAAUUUAACAUUUGCAGUUGGCAUAGCAGUUUAUGCCUUCCUGGGUUACUACAUACGAGAAUGGCGCUUCCUUGCAUUUGUAUCAAAUUCUCCAGGGGUUUUCUUCUUUCUUCUUUCUUUUAUGCUUCCAGAAUCACCAAGAUGGCUGUAUUCCCAGGGGAAUACUGCAGAAGCAGAGGAUGUGCUUCAAUACCUGGCCUGUGGUAAUGGAAAAGAAAGGUUGACUAUAAAAUUGAAACCAUGUGCAGGAACAAUGAAAAAGAAUGACUCAGCAUCUGGUGUCCUAAACCUAUUAAAACACCCAGUCCUUCGGUGGCGAACUAUCAUCUUGAUGUAUAUCUGGUAUGUCUGCAGCCUUGUAUACUAUGGCCUAACAUUCAAUGCUGGUGAAUUAGGAGGAAAUCUGUAUCUAAAUGUAGCUCUUUAUGGCCUUAUAGAAGUUCCUGCAUUUCCUCUCUGCAUGUUUUUUAUUGAGAAAUCCUGGUCUGGAAGACGUAAAACUACAACUUCUUUUCUGAUAUUUGCAGGGUUUGCAUGUAUAUUUACCAUGUUUUUACCAGAAAAUUCUGGAGUUGACCUUGAUAUGUGGGUAUGUCAAAUUUCCCUGCUGAUGUUACCCAGUUUACUGAAAAAGAUAUUGGAGUGCCUGAAAUCCCUCUUAAAGACAUCCUAGGGAUUCCUGUAAAUCUAGCCGAAGGCCAGACCAGAGUACUGGAAAGGGUAAAUUCUCAAAGUGUAAGCCUGAUCUAGCCACAGUGUUUGAGCUCCAGGACUCAAUGCUAACACCUCGCAUGCUGGUGUAGAUCCUUCCACUGACUAAGACCAGAUAGGUGGUUGUUACCAAAGUGCUGAACUCAGUCGUUAUUAAAGCUAAGGCUGCUUCUUGUUCUUAUUAUUGGCAGUAGCCAUGUUGUUGCUGCAUGUAUCAACCUUACCUAUUUUUUCUUUUGGGACAUUCACUCCGGUUCCUACUGUUUAGGAGUAAGAAUCAUGGUGGAUAAGAUCUUUAAAGAAGAAAGAAUAACUUACAUGUAAGUCUUGCUCUCUGAAGAUACCAUUACAAAGGGAUUCUCAUUCAGCGACCGUAACUCCCCCAGAAUUUGGGGGUUAGUCCCUUUUUAAGGUGCCUCAGUGUUUGCACUUAGUUUUUGUGUUUUGGGGGUGGGACUUAUUUUGAGUCCUAAUUAACCAUUUUGAAUUGGAUGACCAUCCUGGGAGUUUCAUGUCCUGUGAAACCAAAGGAACGGACUGGAAUGUUCAAAGGGAAGUAUUUAUAUCCAGCAUUCAACAGCCAGUAGGGGACCUGACUCUCUCUCUACCCUGCUACUGCGAGCCUCAAGGGUCAAAAUUAUUUAAGUGCUGAGGGAGUUCUUCCAGGCUUGUGGUAAUGACCUAAGGCUUAGGAGUGGAAAUCUUUUUGGAAUUAUAUCUUCAGAGAAACAGAAUUACAAGUAAGCAUUUUUUAAUGUAAAACUUUUCCCAAUGGGAUAGCCUCAUGAGAUACACAUCUCAUUUGCAUGAGUGCUUGAGGAGGAUAAGAUAUAACAGACUUCAGUACAAUAGUAAUAGAAUGCAAGAGCACUCAGUCUGAAGUAUUAAACUGCAUUGAGCAAUUGCAACCUCAGUUUAUAUUAUACCCCUGAGCAAGUGAAGGAUCAAACAUUUAUUAAAACCAUAAAACAUUGAUGUCAGUUUCAGUGAAACAGGUAGCUUAUUCUGCUAAUGUGGGGCUGCAGCCCCAAAUAUCAGCUUUCCAUAGACACUGAAUUCGAACCACUUUUUAAAAUACACUGAUUUAAAAAAAAUUUAUAUCUAUGUUUGACAUGCAGGCUGAAAUAACUAGUAGUUUCUGCUAUUUUAUGUGACUGACUGACUUUCAUUUCAGUCCCUUUCAAUCCAAACUAAUUUUUUACUUUUUCUGAUGAUUUUUUAAAAAUAGCAUGAUGAUCUGUUCAUCCAUGUGUCAAAGCAAGAGUUAAAAAAAAUCAUCUUUAAAGAUAGUGCACUAGCACAGAGUAAUGAUUGCUGAAGCACUGUUGAAUUUCAUAAAACCUACUCCGUUUGGAGUUUUGAUGUUGUGGAUAACUGAUAAAGUUACCAUGUGUGUCAGUUUCUAGCCUAGUCUGAGUAAAGUUGGUUCUUGGCCCAGAAUGAUUGUAGUCAGUUAAACCAUUCAGCUCCCAGCAUUAUACAGUCUGAUUCAGUUCCCAGCAUGAAGUGAGGAUUAUUCCCUCUCUAAUCUGACCUUGUAGUUAUUAGAACAAAGCAAUUUUUUAUUAGCCUGAGUCUGCAUUCCUUGAAGUAUUUAACACAAAAAUCUUGAUUUUAUUAUAGUGGAUUUAAAAUUAUAAUUAGGUACUAAACACAUGCACUGCAUGCCCUCAUCUAUCAGAAACUUGAUUUCUAGAUAGCUCAACUUGUUUAUCAACCAAAAUAGAUCCAAAUAAUUUCACAUGUGGAAUAAGACAAAUUACAACUCUUCAGCCAUUAAAGAUGCUGUCUAUUGGUCAAUUAAAAAACUUAUUUUUUAAAUUAAAACACAAUUAGAACUCUCUUAUAGUCCCCCCCUCCACCCCUCCUUCCCAUUAUUUUAGGAUUAAGUCAUUCAUUCAUAGGGACUCUGAGUUGGAAGGUUGGGCAAACUAAGCUAUAAUUUUAUUUGGUUUCAAAAAUAAUUCUAAGAGGUGGGAGCAGCUUCCUUCAUUUUCGUCUCUUGUAAUGUACUCUGGUGAACAAAGGUAGCAAGUUCCAACCAGGAGAAAAUUACGUACUCAGAUUUGCGUGGUAGUACACAUGAAUGUUCUUUUAACUUGUGCAGCUCUUCCAUUGAUGUCAAUGGUCCACUGAAGUUGAAAGUUAUUUUGUGUAUCUGGGAGGGAACAUUUUUUUAAAAAGCAAUUCAUAUUGAAUUAAUCAUAUCCUGGGACUUUUUCUAGUGUUUGACUGUGAGUGCCAGACAGAAUUUUAAUCUGUGUAAUAGGGACUUUGAGGGCUACACUUUCCUGCAUAGUUAGUUCUUCUAAAGUAAAAUAUAAACACAUAUUUGGGUUCUUCAAGAUGGGAAGUGCCAUUGAAUGAAACUUUGCCUACUGAAGCAGAAGAGUAAAACAUUAAUGUGUAUGAUGACCCUUCAUGUGCAACAUUUUUGAUACAAUUAUCAUAAAAGCAUAGUCAUGGUGACUAUUCCAGGUGCUCCAGCAGCUGCUUAAUAUCAGCUUCAUUUAUGAGCAAUCUCUGGUCAUCUCUGACACACAAAAAAUUGCAAAGGUCAACCAAUUGGUGAUUAUACCAUAAAAAAUAACUGAAUGGCAAAGAUUUGAGCUUGAUGAGAAACUUGGAACUUUCUUAUUUUCUAACAUAAUUUUCACAAAAUUCUGCCCAAAAUAGUAGCACAAAAUUACCCAUUUUCAGAAAUAUUUGAAAAACUUUCCUUUGGAUAUAUUCCUCCAAACAGAUUUAAAUUCACAGGGCCGCUAAAAGGUGCUUCAGGUGAAGAAAUAAAGGAAGAACUGAAAGGUUUCAUGUUGACACUUGAUGUGAAAUUGCUGGUUAAAAAUUAGAAUUGCCUCACUAAUGGCUAUCAACAU